UCUCUUUUUUCUUUUUUUUAGUUCUCUCUUUCUCUCUGAUAACUUCAGACUCUCUCUCUCUCUUGCGCCUUCGUCUUGAAGUUAUCUUGAAAAACCCUAGAUACCAUUUGUUGAAUCUUGUUGCUUUCAAGUGCAUUUGGGCUCAGCUUUUGUAGAUCUCUCUCUCGCUCUGCAGGGUCGUUCAGCUCGGUGCUUUUGGAGGUGAAUUUUCAGGAAAUUUCCGGUAAAUUCGACUUCUUAGAGGGUUUUCUUGUUUAAAGUUGGAGGUCUGGGUCUCAUGAGAAUUGUUAGGGGAAUGCAGAGAUUGAUUCGUGAGGAGCAGAAGGCACCGUGCUGGAACAAAUCAUUUGGCCGGGGGAUUGACAUUAGCGCGCCUAAGGCAAGGACGCGUGAUAAACCUAUGCUCUAGGUUUUAAGUUUGUAAAAUUGGGAUUCUGGGAGGGAGAUUGGGGAUAGGGUUUCAGUCGUGCAAGAGAAAGGAUGACUCGGAUUUUGGUUCAGCGUGGUUCUGGUUCGAACCCUAAUCGCACUUCUUCCUUGCCCAGUUCUUCUUUGGCUCCAUCCCAGCCUCAGGCCGCUACUCAAGUUCCUUCUGCUGUCAAAGAUGAGGAAGUCGGAGAGGAGCUGCAGGAACAAACAAUCGUGGAUGAUACCUUGGAGACUUGUGAGAAUAAGGUGACGAAAACUGAUGAUCUUUUGCAAGAAAGUGUCCGGAAUGACAAUGCAAAUGAUGAUAAUGUUGAUGGUGAAAAGAUUGUUAAUGAUGAUGUUCUGGGGUCUGGGGAUUUGGAUCAAGAGUUUGGUGGGUUGAGGAUUAAUGAGAAACUUGCAGUUGAAAAUGAGGGCUCGAGUGCUGAUUCUUCACAGAUUGUUAACAGGAGUUCCUAUCCCCCUCCUCCUCCUGUCCCUCCCCCAAAACAUUGGGCGACUAAUUCAAAUCCAAUGAGAUUUGGCUCAGACGGUUCAAAUUCUGUACGGAUUGGAUCACCUAGAAGAGCAGUUGCCUGGCCUAUUGUUUCAACUAGGACUUCUCCAACUGGGUCACGGCCUUCCUCUCCCAGGUCUCAUGGUGAAAAUGAAGGUUACAAUAGUGCUGAUGAGCAGAAUUCCUGCUUUGUAUCCUCCUAUGAUGAUGCUGAAAGAGAACGCCAAUUUGAGAUUGAUAUCAGGCGGGCAAAAGGUUUAGAAGUCAAACGGAUGGUGGAGGAUGGGAACUGCCUCUUUCGUGCUGUUGCAGAUCAGGUCUAUGGGGACUCUGAAGCGUAUGAUUUGAUUAGGCAAAUGUGCAUUGAUUAUAUGGAGCGGGAGAGAGAUCACUUUUCUCAAUUCAUAACAGAAGGUUUUAUGUCUUACUGUAAGAGGAAGAGAAGAGACAAGGUCUAUGGAAACAAUGCAGAGAUCCAAGCUUUAUCUGAAAUGUAUAAUCGGCCUAUCCAUAUAUAUUCCUAUAGCACAGAACCUAUCAACAUUUUUCAUGGAAGCUAUGAUACUGACACACCUCCCAUUCGAUUAAGCUAUCAUCAUGGGAAUCAUUACAACUCACUUGUUGAUCCCCGGCGAUUAACCAUUGGUGCUGGGCUUGGAUUUAGCUCUCUACGUGGGGUGAAUGUUGACAAGGAUCAAGUCAAGGCUGCUAUUAAAGCUCAACAAGACCAACAAAUUGAUAAUGCACUUCUAGCUGAGGGGCGGUUUUACUCGGAUCUUGAGCUCACUGAGAAGGAGAUUGAACGUAUGGUGAUGGAAGCCUCUCGAGCUGAGUAUCUUGCUGAUGACAAAUUCAAGUCACAACUUGGCUGUAGAGAGUCUUCUUCUACGUCUGGUGCUGAACCAUCGUCUUCUGGAGCAAGGCCAUCAGGGAGCGAGACGAAGCUGGAAGGGGGAAGGGAGCAGCAUGGGUUACCAGAUACUGUCCUCAGCAGUAGCAUGCAGAUGGUUCUGUCAAUGGGGUUCAGCUAUCUGCAGGUGAUUGAAGCUUACAGCAUAUUUGGGGACGAUGCUGAAUCUAUGGCUUGUUACCUGGUGGAAACUGGGAGUAGCAGCAGACGCAAAGGCAAGGCAACUGAAUGAAAAUAGCAUGACAAUAUUAUUAGGAUGCGAGUGAGAGGUUAUAUUGGCUUCUUGUUGCUGACAUUGUAGCUUUAGUAAAGAAAACUAUUCCUAUGUAGCAAGCAGCUAGCCUUUCUGAACUCUACUUAUGGGUUAUUCAAGCCUAAAUAAAUAAAAUGGAUUUAGCGGUUACGUCCAUGGCUUUGCUUGUAAA